AUGGGAUAUGAAGUGGUGAUGGAAGGUGGGAAUAAUAUAAUAUUGAUAGUAACACUUGAGAAGGAUAUUGAGGAGAGGAAGACAGAAGCAAAAGAACUUGAAGGCCAUGGAUGGUGGGUUGUGGUUGGUGAUACAGAAACCAACUCUUUGCUUGUAAUUAAGAAGGUGGUUUUGGUUGUGCAGAGGAAGUUGAAAAAGAAGCUUCAAUUUUCUGCUCCUGAUGAAGCAGAUGCAUUUGGGAAGAAAUCAUCAUAUAAAGUGUACUUGAUGAGUGAUUCUUUUAUGGGGUGUGAUCAGGAAUAUAGCUUCUCAGCCUUGGCUGCAGAAUUCAAAGUCUCAAUGCAUUGUAAUGCAUGUGAAAGGACCGUUGCCAAAGUCAUUUCAAAAUUCAAAGGGGUUGAAAAGUUUGCUACUGACAUGAAUAAACACAAAGUUGUGGUAAUGGGCAAGUUUGAUCCACAGAAAGUUUUGAAGAAGUUGAAAAAAAAGACAGGGAAGAAAGUAGAGAUUGUUGUUGAUCACAAGGGAGAAGAUGUACAAAAAGACGGUUCUAAUUAUGAAGGAGAUUUGGCCAUGGAGGGAAGAGAUUAUGUAAAAGCAGUCGAUAAUCACCCUUUUUGGAUAGAUUAUUGCAAAGAGAUGGAAUUGCUAAUGAUGUUUAGUGAUGAAAAUCCAAAUGCAUGUCUAAUAAUGUAGAAGAAUUUAAAACUUGCAAAUGAUUUUUAUAAUUUUUGCAUGGGUUAUAAGGGUCGUGGUGAUGUUGGAUUUUUUUUUUUUUUUUUUUUUUUUGGGGGGGGGGGGGG